CCUUUCUACUCUAGUUUGUCUUUAUCAGUAAAGCAGACGUUUUGUGAAUUAUGUUGAUAAUUUGGAUGACCUAUAAAUAAUAAUCUGUCAGUUAUUUUGAGGACCACAAUACCAACAGCUACCAGUGUUAUUGCAACUUCAUUAAAUUGUUUAAUUAUCUUACAUUUCCAUCCCCCAAAUGAUGUAACAGCUAGUCACUGUAUUUGUCUUUGUUUUUCUCUCUAGAUCUGAAGUAGAUGUCAAGCUCCUCACAAUGACACUCAAGAUAACCAUGCCAGGAGAACAAAGUGGGCCUACAUUCUCUCAGCUGAGACUCUUUCUUUGUUUCCUGAUGUAUUGCUGGGGUCUAGCUGAUCCAGCAUGUGGGUACUUCCUGAAAAAUGGCACAAUCCGGUGUAAUCUCAGUGACAACUUUAACAUGAAAGUACUCUGUUAUAACAGGAAUCUUGAAGUCAUGCCUAUAAAUAUUCCUUGUAAAGUAAGUGUUUUAGAUGUGGCCAUGAAUAAUAUUUCCAAAAUCGGAAAGUUGGAUUUUAAAGGACUGUCAAACCUCAAAAUUCUAAACAUGUCCAGAAACCAGAUCUCUCAAGUGGACAAUGACGCUCUUUUACCCCUAAAGGUGCUUCGAGAGCUGAAUCUGGCUCAUAACAGACUCACAACCCUGUCAGACCAUUUGUUUCAGGUCCUAGCCAACCUCUCCCUGCUACAUCUGGACAACAACCUCAUCACAACCAUCGGGUCCUCAUCAUUUCAGACUCUCUCCAGUUUGAAGACAGUGAAUUUAACCAAUAACAACCUUUAUAAUAUGAAGGAAGUUCAGCCCAUCGUACAAUUACCACACUUACAGGAGUUGUACAUUGGGAGCAACAGGUUCACCUCUUUCCAGUCACAGGAAAUAUCAAACACUUCUAUAGAGCUGAGACUGUUGGAUUUAUCCCGGAAUCCAUUGGGAAUCUUCAGGAUCACGGCAGAUGUUCUUCCUUACCUUGAGGUGUUAGACAUCGCCUACUGUGGCCAACUUGGACACAUGGAAUGGGAUGUGCUGAACAGGUAUUUUCUGAGAAACGUCAAACGUCUCAACCUGAGCGGGAUUGAGAUGUCUUUGGAGAGGAUGGCUAUGGUGCUGCAGACUGUCAACUCCUCAUUAGUCCAUCUGAGACUGUAUGACAUUAGUGAAGAGAGGGUCAAGGCUCUCAUUGAUUUUGCCUGCAAUAUACCCACACUUCGCUUGCUCCGACUGCAUCAUAACAACAUAAGUGCUUUGUCUGAGGAAUUUCUGCAGUCAUGUAAACAAGUGACCGAAGUGGACUUAGAAAAUAAUAAUAUUAUUCAGCUGUCGGAGGUAUCAUUCAGAUCAAUGGAGCAACUAAGUACUUUGAGACUGGGCCACAACAGGCUUUCUUCUGUACCAGAUGCCACAAGAAAUAUAUCCACACUAAUGCUCCUGGAUCUCAGCUUCAAUAUCAUCCAUAAACUGGGCUGCUCAGAUUUCUCCAAUCUUACAGGACUCACACAACUCUUUAUUUUCCACAAUCAAAUCUCCAACCUUCCAGGAUGUGUAUUCCAGGAUUUGAAAGACUUAAGGAUCCUUAAACUGGGAUCAAACAAAAUCCUGACCUUGAAUGAUGCAUUCAUGAGUGGUUUGCACAAACUAGAAUUUUUGUCGAUGUCAUACAAUAAGCUGAGCUCAAUCUCUAAAGGAGACUUUAAAGGCUUAGCAUCACUCAAGACCCUGCUUUUAUUUGACAAUCAGAUUGCUAGUCUUGAAGAUGGAGCCUUUGAGGGAUUGGUGAAUCUUACAGAACUUAGACUACAGUCAAAUAAGAUCACUCAAAUAGACAUAAGAAAUACUGUGCUCACGGGACUUCCACACUUAAGAACUCUUGAUAUAUCCUGUAAUUACAUCACAUAUGUAAAUGAUGAUAAAUUAGACCCUCCACCCUUCUCUCAUCUGACAUCUCUGGAGAACCUCAGGAUAUUUAGUCAGCGUCACAAGGGACUGUCUCAUCUACCUAUCAACUUUCUUGAAGGUCUGAAAUCUUUAUUGUCAUUCCAGGCAGGGAGUCUUAAUAUUAAGGACCUGCACCCAGACACAUUCAUUCACACACCCCAGUUGUGGUUCCUUGAUAUCAGUAAGAAUGAGUUCACAGCCCUCACUCCAAAGCUGUUUCACCCAACCCCAAGUCUCAACAGACUUUAUCUGCCCAAAGCCCGACUUCAGUCCUUAGAUUUCCUCAUAGGAGCAAACCUCAGUAGAGUCACUUUGUUGCAGGUGAGAAAGAAUGACAUAACAGCAGUCAAUGAGACAGUGUUGCAAUCUCUCCCUGCCUUGACAUACCUGGACAUGCAAGAUAAUCCUUUCACCUGUGGCUGCAACGAUGCUUGGUUUGUCCAGUGGAUGGAGAGCGACAACCAAACACAAGUUGUUGGUGCAGGAGAAUUUACCUGCAACUAUCCUGCCGAUCUAAAGGGCAACAAGCUGUUGGAUGUUGAGCUUCAGUUCUGUACAGUACACUUAGGACUUUACUACUACAUCUCGACCACUUGUCUGGUCCUCCUCACCCUGAUAGCAUCCUUUGCCUACCACUUCCUGAAAUGGGAGGUCAUUUACGGCUAUUACCUCUUCCUGGCGUUCCUCUAUGACACCAAGCAAAGGAAUAAGCACAAGCCUCAUGGCUGUCAGUACGAUGCCUUCAUCUCCUACAACGCCCACGAUGAGCCCUGGGUCCUGAGGGAGCUUCUGCCAGAGCUGGAGGGAGAACAGGGUUGGAAGCUGUGUCUCCACCACCGGGACUUCCAGCCUGGCAAACCAAUCAUAGAUAACAUUAUGGACGGCAUCUACGGAAGCCGCAAGACCAUCUGUGUCAUCAGCCACCGCUACCUGGAGAGUGAGUGGUGCUCCCGGGAGAUCCAGGUGGCCAGCUUCCGGCUCUUUGAUGAGCAGAAGGACGUCCUGAUUCUGGUGUUCCUAGAGGAGAUCCCUACCCACCAGCUGUCACCCUACCACCGGAUGAGGAAGCUAGUGAAGAAACGCACAUACCUGAGCUGGCCCAGAGUUGGGGAGCACACCGCGGUCUUCUGGCAGCAACUACGGCUGGCUUUAGAGACCAAGGACGGCCCUGCUGAAGAAAAUCCCAUCCUCUCUGGGGUGCAGGCUCUGUGAUAGUGACAUGUUGAUUUGAAACAACCAUCACACUUUGAACCUUUUCUUUACAUUGCAUGAGAAUAUCAUUAAGAAAUGCUUACACAUAUGUCAUGACGUUGGCCUGGGGCUUAGGUUUAUGACAGUCAUAAAUACCUCUUCCCCCCUUUUUCCUCUCUCUACCCUACUGAUGUUACAUUUGCAAAACCCUUGGUUAACGUAGAGAUUCUGGGAACAUCAGAAGGUGGGGGGAAAUGAACUAUAUUCUGGUAAUCCGACCAACUGAACAUAUGCAGUGGUACUUAAUGAAUAUGAUGUCAGUUCGGUUGUCAUCUGAGACAUUCUCAUCAAUGAUAAGAUGGCAUAAACUCUACAGUGGAAAGUCUACACAUCAGAGUUAUCGGAUUCACAUGGAAUUGUUUUUCAAUUUAAAUGUUUGAAUAUGAAAUUAUUUGUGAUGGGAUGAAAUGCGAUUUUAGCUUCUAAAAUGUGAGAUUUGGGUUUUCAUAAGAUAGGGCUCUGCUCAAUCAGUGGCCCGCCCCUGUGAAGGGACAUGGUCUAUAAAUCUUUUCAAACACGCCCUCCUCUCCCUUCCUAUAUAAAUCCUUGACGACAAUGUAACCUCCUGUUCCGAGUUCCGAGGACGAUGGUCCGAUGUCAGAAUGGUCCAGAUAAUAACUACAGAACGAAGCCAACAUCAGCAUGAGCUUUGGUUGCGAUUGGUAUGGACUUUGAACUCUUAUUCACUACAGAAGUGAUACCUCCUAGCCGUUGAGUUAGCAACAGCCACUGCAAACGAGGGUUAGGAAGGAACAGACAGACUAUCCCGUCUACCACACAAUGACGUUAUACAACAUAUUCAAUUUACCAGCAGAGACAUUCUUCAAAGGCCAAAGGACUCGGUUGGGCAACACGGCCUUCCAUCUACCACCAACCUACCGAAACUAAGCUCAGAGUAAAUAUUUAUUGCAUUUUCCUUUUCCAAAUGGGCGGUAAUUUAGAAUGCAUAAGAUACUGUAUUUACGAUAGCACAGCUUCGCCCCUUUGUUCCUCACUCUUCCCGCUCUUUCACUCAAACCUAGCCCUUUUCUUUGUGUAACAAGCUGUCAUAUCUGUUCCGCCCGCUAGGGACGUUUUUGACGUAAUUUGUAAUCAAGUUAUAUUAGUCAAAUUUAAUUAUGUGUAUGUGUAAUUCUGUGUGAUUAGUUAGGUAUUUAGUAAAUAAAUAAUUAAAUCCAA